AUGUCUUACCUAUCACUUGGCCUUAACCUGCCGGCACGAUUUGGAAUUAAUCCAUGGUUUGUCAUGAAGCGAGCUGUAGCACAUCACAAUGCAACAGUCUCAUGGGAAUCAGCGGACAACUCACAGAAGAUUGCCUAUGAAUUGCUCCUCAUCAAACUUUGUAGAAGUCCAAAAUUGAUUACAUGGAAUUUGACUCCAACCCAUCAGUCUGAAGUCUCAGAAGAAAAAUCAACCAAAUCUUCCGCUUAUGUUCCACUACCUACUCAAAGAAAGCGUCCCGUUCGUCGACAAAGACUUCCAAAAAUCUUGAUCUCUGAAGAAGAUAACAAUUUGGAUAUCGCUUUGGUCACAAAAGUUGAUUCUGAAUCAAAUUUAAUCAAACCAACAACUUCUUUUAUUCCACUCACUGAGGAUCAGUCUGAAAACUUUCAUAUCUUCAACGAGUUACUCGCCGAACACAACAUUUUGGCAAUCUCAACCCCUUCACUUUCUACCUCUGAGUCUCCCUUGACCAUCCCAAACUUCUCUCGAGCAACAAAAAGAUCACAUUCAAAAUCACAACUUUUUGGUGCACCAGUUUCAAAGAAAUCAAAACCAACACUUCAUUGGACUGAAAUAUUAGAUGAUUUAAUGACAGCGUCUGAUUGGGCAGAAGCAGAAGUAGAGUUGCAGAAAGAAAACGAACCAACAGUCAAUACAAGUUCAAUCGAUCAAACCCUUUCUUUUAUCCCACUCACUGAAGACCAAUCCGAAAACUUUCAUAUCUACAACGAGUUACUUGCCGAACUCAACACAUCUGAAAUCUCGACCCCUUCACUUUUGAACUCCAAACUACCCUCGAUCACUCAUAACUCACAAGUUUUCACCACUCAGUCACCAAUUUCAAAGGAAUCAAAACCAACACUCCAUUGGACUGAAAUCUUAGACAACUUAAUGACGGCUUCUGAUUGGGAGGAAGCGGAAGAAGACUCAAAGAAUUUCGAAGAUACCAAAAGACAACUUCAUUGGUCUGAAAUCUUAGAUAAUCUUAUGACCGAUGAAGAUCGAAAAGAAGCAGAUGAAUCUUUUGGUAUCACUCUUCCUCUCCAUCAAGAAAGGCCACUGGACUUUGCUACGGUCGAUGAAACUUAUUCUCUCCCAUCUACACCCUCUUCAAAUAUUCGUUCAUCUUAUUCAAGCGCUCAGAAUACUAAUUCUCUACCAACACCAGUAGAAGAACUUCAAGAUCCGUUUGGUUUAAUUGACAAUACUUGUCAGAAGUCUCCUUAUUCCACAGAUAUGAGUUUUGAGGUUAUGAAAUCUUCUUUAGAACAAAAUGAUCAUUUUUUAACAGAUCUUAGUUUUAAUAUUGAAAAAUCUAUCUUAAAUCUUGAUCUCGAUUUUGAAAAUUCUUUCUGUUGA